AGCUGCUGGUAAUAUGACGGCAUUACGGGAAUUCGCAUUCGAUGAUCUGUUCAAGUUCAACAGGAUUCUGUUUGAUCCCCUGACCGAAGUCUAUACGAUCGCGUUCUAUGCUUCGCGAGUAUUUGAGUUUCCGAUGCUGACUGAAGUCGCCGUUGCUCCCAAUGGGCAGGUAACGGGAUUUAUCAUGGGCAGCCGCGUUCGUAAUAAGCAAUGGGGCAGAAACGGCAAGGACUCAGACAAGAUGGGCAGCCAUGGCCACGUCAAUGCCCUGUCCAUUGACAACGACUACCGACGUCUGGGAGUGGGCACGCUGCUGAUGGAAAGUUUCAGGGUCAAGCUGGAGGUCAAACGGGAGUGGUACAUUGAUCUAUUUGUGCGCUGCAAGAACCAGAAGGCCAUCAAGCUCUACGAACUGCUGGGCUAUACAAAGUACUCCUUACUUCGCAAAUACUACGACGAUGACGAUGGGUACGAGAUGCGCCUACCGCUCUCCCAGGACGUGGACGGCAUUUGCCUCAAAGGGCGCAAGAAAGUUAUAGAUGGAUUUCACAGUGCCGGACGCGAACUGGUGAAGGUGCUGAGAACGCUGUUCGUCAGGCUUCGGGAUGCCAUAUUGAAUAUGCUUUGAG